GGGAAGCUUCAUUAGUCGUCAGAGGGAGGCAAGGCUGUGACUCAUGCUUGCGUGAAGAGACCAAUGGGCAGCCAGAGUCUGAGAUAUAAAUAACGAAUAAAAAAUAUUCUUGAGGGAGAAAGGGUCACUUGCGCGCCGCUGGAUGGGAUUUUAUUAGUGCGCUCUGUUGGUAUUCCGCCAUCACUGGACUGUUUUUGUCGUGCCUUUGGGUGGCAAUUGUUACAUCUAGUUAUAGUUUCUCUGGACUCGACAACCUGUGCGCCCGUGAGUCGUUGAAUUAUUUCCCAGCUGGAGAUCAGAUAACAGAGGACUGAUGGCCACGUCUGAACCGAGAGCCACUGGCGGGGACCAGGACCCCAACUCCGACAAUUUAAGACCUCCGUCCACAACCUACGAAUAUGCGUGGAUGCACGGAUGUACACGGAAACUUGGGAUGAAGAUUUGUGGGUUCCUGCAGAAGAACAACAGCCUGGACGAGAAGGGGAGGCUCGCGGGCCAGAAGAACUUGCUCUCGUGCGAUAACAGUGACAGGGACGCGCGCUUCCGCCUCACCGAGACCGACUUCUCCAAUCUGUUCGCCAGAGACUUGCUGCCAGCCAAAAAUGGAGAGGAGCCUACCAUUCAGUUUUUGUUGGAGAUUGUGGACAUUCUCACCAACUAUGUCAAGAAGACUUUCGACCGCUCCACUAAGGUGCUGGACUUCCACCACCCCCACCAGCUCCUGGAGGGAAUGGAGGGCUUUAACCUGGAGCUGUCUGACCAACCUGAAUCCCUGGAGCAGAUCCUGGUGGACUGCAGGGACACGCUCAAAUAUGGCGUCCGGACAGGUCACCCACGAUUCUUCAACCAGCUGUCCUCUGGUCUGGACAUCAUCGGUCUGGCCGGAGAGUGGCUCACCUCCACUGCCAACACCAACAUGUUCACCUAUGAGAUCGCUCCAGUGUUUGUGUUGAUGGAACAGCUGACUCUGAAGAAAAUGAGAGAGAUGAUUGGUUGGGCCGGUGGAGAGGGAGAUGGACUCUUUUCACCAGGGGGCGCUAUCUCCAACAUGUACAGCGUGAUGAUGGCACGUUACAAGUAUUUCCCCGAGGUCAAGACCAAGGGCAUGUCUGCAGCUCCUCGCCUUGUCCUCUUCACAUCUGAACAUAGCCACUACUCCAUAAAGAAGGCUGGAGCUGCUCUGGGUUUUGGCACUGAUAAUGUGAUCCUGUUGAGCACAGAUGAGAGGGGGAGAGUCAUUCCUGCAGAUCUGGAGGCCAAGAUCAUUGAUGCUAAACAGAAGGGUUAUGUGCCAUUGUUUGUGAAUGCCACAGCUGGAUCGACAGUGUACGGUGCAUUUGAUCCCAUCAAUGAGAUUGCUGACAUCUGUGAGAAGUACAACUUGUGGCUUCACGUUGAUGGUGCAUGGGGUGGUGGACUACUGAUGUCCAGGAAGCAUCGCCAUAAGCUUGCUGGAGUUGAGAGGGCCAACUCUGUGACGUGGAACCCUCACAAGAUGAUGGGCGUGCCUCUCCAGUGCUCAGCAAUCCUGGUCCGAGAGAAGGGAAUCCUGGCAGGCUGUAACUCCAUGUGUGCUGGCUACCUGUUCCAACCAGACAAACAGUACGACGUCAACUAUGACACAGGGGACAAAGCAAUCCAGUGUGGCCGACACGUCGACAUCUUUAAGUUCUGGCUUAUGUGGAAGGCCAAGGGCACCAUAGGAUUUGAGCAGCACAUUGACAAGUGUUUGGACCUGUCUCAGUACCUGUACAACAAGAUCAAGAACAGGGAGGGAUAUCAGAUGGUGUUUGAUGGAGUGCCCCAGCACACCAAUGUUUGCUUCUGGUACAUCCCACCUAGCCUGAGAAGCAUGCCUGAUGGCGAGGAGCGGCGAGAAAAACUCCACAUGGUAGCGCCAAAGAUCAAGGCCAUGAUGAUGGAGUCAGGGACCACUAUGGUGGGCUACCAGCCUCAGGGCAAAAAUGUUAACUUCUUCCGUAUGGUCGUCUCCAACCUCGCAGUCACCCAGUCUGACAUCGACUUCCUCAUUGAUGAGAUUGAGAGGCUCGGCCAAGAUCUGUAGUCCCUCUCAGCCUGCGCUGCUCUAGUGGCCAGAGGGCGAUCCUGCAGUCUUCUAUCUGUCGUAUUUCCAAGGCAAAUGCCAAUGAGGGGAAACAUUUACAGUGCUGCAGACAGAAUAAUGAUAGGACAUGUUUUAGGUUCUUUCUAUCCAGUCUAUCUUUGUCUGAAGCAUUCUGACUGCUUCUCCAACUGAAGGGAAGCUAGAUAUUAGAUAGACUUUGAGUGUGUUACUUGCUCUCCCACAUGGUUCCUCCUCUAUAAAUAUAUAAGUAUCUGAAGGCUCGACAUCCAACCAACAUGCUCUAAUGUAUGUGUGUGCUGUGGAUUCUUGUAAUGUGUGCGUGUAUGUGAUCCAGUUUCUUGUUUAAUGUAGUUUGUGGUUUAACGUCGGUAUGUGUGUGCCUGAGUGAAUGUGUGGUCAAACACUAAAAGGGAGAAAAGCACAAAAACAACAAAGUAUCAGAAAUUUAUUCUGCUGUAUCAUACAUUUGCUACGCAAAAUUGAAUCAUUGGUGCUUUCCGCUGUACAUAUUAUUCUCUCAGUCCUAAAACAGUG